ACGGGCUGGGUGCCAGGCAAGGUUGCGGGCUGGAGCACAUAUGGAGCAUGCCGGGCUGUUAUUUGGACUGGGUGCUGGGCAAUCUUUGCUCCGGUGGAGCUGCUCUAAGCGAAAAUCACCAAGAAUUCUAAGAACCGAAAACACAGAAGAAAAACAGUAGAGAGCUCACAAAUGGAGCCAAAUCCUUGCCUUUAAACCAAAAUCGUCCUCGAACCCCAAGAAAAACAGGAGAGAGCUUUCAAAUGAAGAUCAAGACGAUAACCACAAGACCUCCUUCUCCAGUUGAUGGGUUGCGCUCAAUUUCGACCUGAGGUGGGUACAUUGGGUAUUCUUAUGAAUUGCAUGUGCUGUCUGAAUCGGGUGGAUUUGAGUUUCUCUGUUUUAGCAAUUACCCUUAAAUAUGGUCUUAAACCCGAUGCUCGUACUAUGAAUACUUUGCUCCAUGGACUUUGCAAGUACAGUUCCCUGGCCGAGGCUAUGGAGUUCUUCCAGGAAAUAGAAAUGAAAGGAUACAAAUGCGAUCAAAUCACUUAUGGUACCAUGAUCAAUGGACUAUGCAAAGCUGGGAAAACUUCUAAGGCGCUCGAGAUACUUACGAAGAUGUGGGAAGAUGGAAGGUUCAAGCCCAACCAAGAAUGCUACAAUCCAAUCAUUAAUAGCCUCUGUAAAGAAAGACGGAUAGACGAGGCCUUGACCGUAUUUCGAGAUAUGAUCAGCAAAAGUGUUGUACCGAACGUUUUCAAUUAUACCACAUUGAUUCAUGGGUUAUGCAACACGAGCCGAUGGGAAGAAGUGCUCUCUCUUUUUGAAGGAAUGGUAGAUCAAGGAGUCAAGCCUAAUGUUGUCACCUACAACACUCUAAUUUAUGGACUGUGCCAAUCGGGGAGGUUGGAAAAAGCCAAGAGCUUCUUGAUUUGCAUGCUUAACAGUGGAAUUUCACCAAAUGUAUACACUAGUAUUCUUAUCAGCAGUCUUUGCAAGGAAGAAAGAAUUCAAGAAGCGCUUACUCUGUUGGAAAAUAUGACGACGAAAGGCAUAAAGCCUGAUGUUGUCACUUUUACUUCCUUGAUUUCUGCAUCAUGCAAGUCUAGUAACUGGGAGGAAGGUGUGAGAUUAUUCAAAAUCAUGAUUGGUUACGGAGCCUUGCCUAAUAUAGUUACAUACAGUGCUGUUCUGGAUGCUUUAUGCAAGGAAGGGAAGACAGCAGAAGCACUGAAUCUUGUGGAAGAAAUGAUCAGUAGGGGGGAAAAGCCUAAUGUUGUGACUUACAACUCCUUAAUUAAUACAUUGUGCCGGACCAGCCAGUGGAGAGAAGCCACAAAGUUGUUUAAUAGAAUGCUGGAUGAAGGUAUUGCCCCAAGUGUUAUAACCUAUAAUAUUAUGAUAAGUUCUCUUUGCAAGGAGGGGAGGACCGAGGAAGCCCUCAGUAUGUUAGAGUUAAUGACUCAAAGAGGUCUGACACCUGAUGUUAUCACUUAUAACAGUUUAAUCCAUGGCAUGUGCCAUACAGCUCAAUGGGAAGAAGCCACAAGGUUGUUUGAUGAACUGGUAGGCCGGGGAAUCUUUCCUAAUACCGGUACUUUGUUAAUACUUCUGGAUGCUCUCUGCAGAGGAGGGAUGACAGAAGAGAUUCACAAAAGAGUUGAGGCAACAAUUGAAUACGGUAUGAAACUCAGUACAAUAACUUGCAGUAUGGUGGUAAAUGAAUAUUGUUUGCUUGGCAGAAUGAAUAAGGCGAAAGUGGUCUUGAACUUAACGGUGGCUAUGGGUUAUGCGCCUGAUAUUGCUUCCUAUAAAACCUUGGUCAACGGCUAUAUAAGCGUUAACAGGAUAGGUGAAGCUUUGAGGCUUGUUAAAGAAAUGGUCCAAAUAGGAUUGAUGCCUGAUAUGGAAAUGCAACAAACUGUGGGGCGUUUUCGUCGUAAGGGCCAUAUUGGAUUCGCAGGGUAGUUGUUAGGUCUCUUUGCAAGGUUUUGAAGAUUUAUAAGGAUGAAGAGCCUUUAGUUAUCAUUGGUUUCUAACUUCUAGUGACCACGCAAUAUUGUUAGUUGUGGUAAACUUUGGAAUGGAUGAAGAUCAGUGGUCGUGGCGGCACAUAGGAGAGAACCAUUGAAGCUACGGGGCUUGUAUAAAGAAGUGAUGGAAAAAGAAUUGAUACCUGAACUGGAAAUUCAACGUAGACGUUUUGUUUUAGAAGGCAAUUUUUUUGCAGAAUAUUUCUCCUUGUGAGUGUGGCUUGCGUGAUGAACUAGGUAUAUGUUGCGUGAGUUUUCGGAUGUCACUAAUGAACAACUACAUGAUAUCGUUGAUUGAUAUUUACAACUGAACUAGUUAAACCUUUA